AUGUCCUCCCAGCUUGACGCAGUCUACGUUCUUUUAGCGUUCGCGUUCGUGAGCGUUACUCUGUUCUUCCGCAAAAAACGCGCUCUUGGGUUUCUGAGGGGCCCUCCUGCCAAAUCCACCUUACUUGGUCAUGAGUUUGAUCUUCUUAAUGCCGAAGCAUGCACCUUGGAACUAGAGUGGACCAAGCGCUACGGUACCGUCUUCCGCUCCGCUGGCUGCUAUGGCGAACAAAUUCUCAUGGUUGCCGAUCCGCGUGCGCUUCAACAUAUUUACGAGAUGAACUACAAGUACCCUCGAUCCAAGGAUAACCAGCGUGCAUUCAAGAAACUACUUGGCAGAGGUAUCCUUUGGGCUGAAGGUGACGACCACUCGCGUCAUAGAAAGACCCUCAACCCUGCCUUCUCCGCCGCUCAAUCUCGUGGCUUCUUGCCUCUCUUCCAAAGUUGCACUGAUCGCUUGCAAAGCCGAUGGGAGGCUGCUCUUCAAGGAGAGACCAAGGUAAUCAAUGUCUACGACUGGUUGUCCAGGCUUACUCUAGACAUAAUUGGCGAGGGCGCCUUCAAUUACCGCUUCGGCGCUUUGGAUAAUAAAUCUGAUGAUUUCUCGCAUAUCUUAGAAACGCUCUUCACGGACACAAAAAUGCCUACAGAACGCACCAUCCUUUUCCGUGCAUUCCGUCGCUCCAUGCCCAACUGGAUCGGUGACCUAUGUGACUACUACUCAACAUGGUUCCCUUCGAAAGAAGACGCUCGUUUCGCCAACUUCCAGAAAUUCUCUAAGGGCAUUGCUCGCGGACUCUUGGACGAACACAUGGCCGCCUCUGCGGACUACGCUGCAAAGAAAGAUAUUCUCAGCUUACUCGCCCGGUCCCCCGCUAUCGACGACCCGAAGAAGAAGAUGGACGAAGACGAGGUACUUUCUCAGAUGGCUACCGUAAUUUUGGCAGGACACGAUACCACGGCUGCUUCUAUUGCCUGGAUUCUUUACGAACUUGCCAAACGUCCCGAAGAACAAGCCAAAGUCUGGGAGGAGAUUGCCCACGUCCGAAGCCUCAACCAUGGAGAAUUGACGCCGGCGGACUACGACUCAAUGCCUUUCUUAAAUGCAAUCAUCAAGGAAGGGCUACGGUACCAUGCGAUCUCACCUUUGCUCUAUCGUAACUCUGGAGUCGACGACGUCAUCCCACUGUCCCAGCCCAUCACAUCCAGCUCUGGCGAUGUGAUUACUGAAGUCCCCGUCCGCAAGGGCCAGAGAAUUAUCUUCUGCAUUGGAUCCUACAAUAGACUGCCGGAAGUAUGGGGCGCCGAUGCCGACUCAUGGAAUCCCGCUCGAUUCUUGACUCUCAAUCAGAAGAAGCAAAUACCGGUCGGGCUUUACGGAAACACAUUAACCUUCAGCGCUGGCGUCAAGGGUUGCAUUGGUUGGAACUUUGCGGUUCUUGAGAUGCAAGCCGUCCUUUUCCAGCUCAUGGAGUCCUUUGAGUUCUCGAUGCCCCCUGGAGUCGAGGUCAUGAGGAUUAUGGGCGCCAUCAUGGUCCCUAUGAUAAAGGAUAAGUUACAGGAGGGAAUCAAGAUGCCUCUGCUCACAAAGUCGAGGAAGUAG